UGUCUCCAUUAUUCGUGUGAUAAAAGUUCUCAGAGGGAACAAGAAACAAUGCGGCAACAGUUCUGUGACGCAACCAUGGAAGCAAUUGGAGAAACUUCAUUUCCAGAUGACUCCAGGAGUCAGAGCUUGUGUCCAGACUCUCUCACAGGCUGGGCCCACCUCCACAAGGCCAUCAUAGUGAUGGUGAUGGGCUCUCUGAUGUGUGCUGCCGGCGGGCUCCUCUUCCUGCUCCAGUCGCUAGGGGCGACCGAGGCGCCCCGCUCCGUCGCCUCCGCCUGCCUGUCCAUCGGGCUGAUGUUUGUUGUGAUGGGGCUGGUGUGGAUCCCCAUACUGAAGGAGAAGCAGAGGAGGAAGGGCUACAGCCAGGGGACUUAAAGUGGAAGGGACUUUUUA